UAACGUUUGGUCAACUUUCAUCGUCUACAAGUCAACAACACUUACUCACUUAAAGUAAACGUAAUCGCUUCUGUUGUUCUGUGUUUGGUUUCUGCUACACUGCGUACUACGACAACACUCUUCAGUUUGUACUUUUUAUCAUCACGGUGACAAUAAUAUAUGAUAUAGGUAUAUUGAUAUUGCGGAUUCGGGAUUAGCGCUAGUCCCGUUAUUUGGUUUUGUGACACUGUGAAUUUCGUAGUUGAUAUUAAUUCCUUCUCGCAUAUCGUUGUGCGAAUAAUAAUUUUCAAUUUCAGAAAUUCACUACUUCCACGACUACAAGGAAUGAUAUGAUGCUUGACCAAGAAAAUCAGCCUAAUAUUCCAAAUGGAACAGAAUCGUCAAACAGUUCAUUUCAAGACAAGACAGUCAUAAAAAAUGAUGGUUCAGACAAUAUUUUCAGUAAUCAUGAAGAAUAUUUAGGUGAUGUGUCAUUGGGUGGUUUCAAUGUGUCUCAGCUCACAAACAAAUUAGAACGUUUAGCUUUAGCUACUCCACAAGUGUCAAGGAUCAGACCUGAUAGUACUGUAUUUGAAGAAGAUUUUGAUCUAAAAGAACGUCCAGAUUCAGCUGAUUCAGAUAGUGGUAGGCCUGUAACAUCAAAUGACAGUUCUAUUUACAGGUCAUUUGUUACAGAUUCUGUUGAAAACCAACAAUUGGAUAGUCUAGACUUUUCAUCAACUAUAUGCAACGAAGACAUUAAUGAUUCGGGUGGUAAUAUAGAAUCAAUACACGAACAUUUAAAUUCAGUAAAUUUGGAUUUAGUUAGCUCUGAUUUUGAAGAUUCUUCACAUCAUUUAACCUUACAUUCUUUCUCAAAUAAAUCAUCAGAAGAAUUAUCACAUCAACUAAAUCCAGACUUUAACGAUUCAGCACAAACACAAAAUAUUUUGCUAAUGGAUGGUUUAGGAUCAGAAAAAAAAUUCCAGUCAAAUAUUUUUGAAAGUGAGAUCAAAAAUUCUAGUGAAGCAGGGCCUGUAAUAGCUGAGGGUUUCAAUUCAUCAGCUGGAUUCAAUUUCGAUAAUCUAGAAGCUCUUGAAUCUGUUAGAUCGUUAAAUGAAGAAGAUAUUAGAAGGUUAACUAUUUCCAGAAAAUCUUUAUAUGUAGCAUUUGACCCUAUUGUGAAGAAAUCAAACGAGGAGUCUAAUUCUCGGAAAGAAGCAAUUGAAAAUUUACUAGUCGCAGAUAAAACAGUAUUGACUAAUUCUCCGCAAUCUAGUGGAUCUAAUAAAUCUCUGAAUAUUUCAGAUAACAAAAUGAAUCAAUCUAUUACCAAAGAUGAAAAAAUCACUAACAGUCCCAAAACUAAUGAUAAAGAAAAAUUUUACCAAGAUAAAAUAGAAAAGUUGGAAUACGAAAUCAAGAACCUAAAAAUUGAAUGUAUUGCUGACAAAGAAAAAAUUAAAAAUUUGACCAACUCGUUGAUAUCAGUAACUAAAAGCAAAGAUCAAUUGAGUACUGUAAUUGGGGAAUAUGAAAAAACUAUUUCCGACAUGGUCUCUAAAAAAGAAGACGUACAUAAAGAAUACGAAGCACGUAUUGCGUAUAUCGAAGAAGAAAGAGCAAAAAUGGAACGUCACCUUCAAAAUUCAGAAAUGGCAUUCAAUGAUGUUCAUGAAAAGUAUAAUUCUUCAAAGCAAGUAAUAGAAGCCAUGAAAGAAAAUGAAACUAAAUAUAAAAAUUGUAUUAAAGAAUUUGAAGAAUCUCUUAAAAAAUAUGAAGAUAAAUACAUGAGGUUAAAAAUACACGCCACUGAACAAAUGAACAAAGCCACUGAAGAAAUAAAUGAUAAGGAAAGAUCAUUUGAGGCAGAAACUUCAAAAAUGAGAAUAAUGAAUAAACGCUUGGAGGUGAAAGUUAGAUCAUUACAAGAGUCUUUAGAUAGAAAAGAUGUGGAAAACAAUGAGCUAACUAACCUUUGCGACGAACUCAUUGGAAAACUGGAUAGAAAAUGAAGUAUAUUAGUUGCAUCAAUAUGCAAUUUUUUUUAGAUCUAUUAUCUUAAUAUGUACACUUAUAAUAUUACUUGAAUUAUUAUUUACACUAUGUUUUGUUAAUAAAAAUAAAUAAAUUUAUACAAGAUAAAUGUAUAAAUAUAUAUAAAACUACAAAAGCAAAGCAUAGAUCACACUAAACUAUUGAUUACAAUUAAUUAUAAUUUUACAUGUUAUGUACCUGUUAAAUGUAAAUUUCAAAUAUAUUAUUUAUUAUUAUUACAUCUUCUUUUAACUUAUGAUUUUUGAGGUUGAAGAAUUUUCAAUUAUGUACAGAAUAAUUUGGUUGAUAACAAUCUAUUGAUUUAAUUUAGAUAUAGGAAAUGGUUUUUUUUUUUAUUAUUAUUAUUAUUAUUAUUAUAUAAUACAUUAUUUUAAAUGUCAUUUUAUUAUUUAUUGUAAUUCUUUUUUCAACAAUGUAAUUGUAUGUUUUUGUUGUGAAAAAAGGUGAUCAUUAUCAUUUAUAGUUCAGCUAUAAAAUAAGUGUAGGAUUAAAAUAACUACAAAUGGUUUUAUAUUUGUUAUACCUAUAAUAUCCCAAAUGUCUGUAAUUCUCUACUUAUUUAAAUUGUUAUAAUUUUUAAUCAUUUUGAAGAUGAGCUAUUUUAAUCAAUGAGUUUGUAUAAGUCAAAAAUCCUAAAAUAUCAAUUUAUUUUUAAAUUUGUUAAACAUAAUAUGCUUUCUAAUUUUGUUUUAAAGUUGUCUUUAACUUGUACUAAUUUUGCUUUAAGCAUUAUUCUAAUUUGUUUUUUCUAAUUUUACUACUAGCUAAUUAUUUUUAACCAUCUUAUUGUUAAACAUUAUAUUUUUAACCCUUAUAUUAUUCCAUCCUAAUAUAUGUAAUGAUUUUUGUUUUAAAUGUAUUCAAGCAGCAUUAUGCUGUUGUAUUUUUUUUAAGAAAUAAUUAAUAUAAAACCUACGCACAUUUUAGUUGCAAUUGUUUAAUUUUUUUAACAUUGUACUUUGUAAAUAUGUGUAGUAAAAUAAACGAUAACAUUUUAUUGUAAACCAACUCAA